AUGGGGUCAAACGCCCUCCUGGUGAUGCUGCUAUGGGGAUCUGGACUCGCCAGGGCCUGGCCCAGCAAUCGCAUCCCCAUCCCCCGUCAAGUCGAAGCAACAGCGACCUGCCCCUCAACCUCAACGUACAGCACGCCCAACGGCCUCAACUUCACCUCGCACUGCAACAGCGCCAUCAGCCGCUCCGCCUACUCUGACAACCCCAUAACGUCCACCACCUUCACCGACUGCAUGAACACCUGCAGCACAACCAGCACCCCCUGCUACGGCAUCGCAUUCACAGAGCGCAACAGCACCUGCUACACGCUUACGAACGGCACCCUCGCAACAGAGCCAAAUCUAACCCCAGACUCAGACGUUGACAUUGCCCUCGUGGAUCCCGUCUCCCAACUUACUGGUGUGGAUGAUUCCUGCCCAUUCAGCAACAACACCCUGCAAGCAACGACCUCAGGCCUAGACUUCGAGAUAAAGUGCUACACCGAUAUGAUCCCCUUCGGGCACUACUGCCCCUGGAACCUCGUGGAUGACCCCUGGUGUAAACUGCACACGGACACGAUGGAUGCCUGCAUGGAGUUCUGUGCAGAAGCCCACCCACUCUGCCGCGCGGUCUCAUGGAACCCGGAUCUGGGAAAUGGGUUUGGGAACUGCUAUCUCAAGGACGUCAAUGGGACUUUAGUGUCUGGUGAGCAUGGGGGGUAUGUUAUACACAGUGCGCUCGUGCAACUCCCCGCGCUGCUAGAUGACGAGGGGCCUUGUCCGUCUAGCCUGAACUAUACAUCGACGACCUUCCUCCAAGUGCGCAAGGAGUUCGAGAUCCGGUGCUACGAGGCUCGAGGGGGGACGGGGAACCUGACGACCGUCCACACCGCGUCGCUGGAGAUCUGCAUGGACCGGUGUGCGAGUUACGACCCGAUCGCGGACUCGGAGUCGAAUUUCGGGGUCGAGACUCCCGAGUGUGUGGGUGUUGUCUUUGAUCGCUCGAUGGCGGGGGGGUAUGAGAAUUGUGCGUUGCUUAGUGAGGUUGGUGGGAGUAUGGGGGAUAUCAACUCGACGUUUGCGAGGGUUACGAAGACGGUUGACCCGAGGGAGGAAGGGAGUGGAAGUGAGAGUAAGGCUUGGAUUGCUGGACCGGUUGUAGGGGGGGUUGCUGGGGUGGUGAUAUUGGGGGUGGUGGCUUGGUGGUGGCGGAGGAGAAGAAUGGCGCAGGGUGCAGAGGAGGCACUGAGUCCAGAUGCUGAGAGCAAGCCUGUUGUUGCGCCGUAUAGCAUCGUGUCGACUGAGACUGACCAUGGCACUGGCAAUGGGCCAGUUGAGGUGGAGGCACGCCCGCCGCAGUAUGAGCUGCCGGGGGCGGAUUCACCUCAGACAAGACAUGAACUGGCGGGGCAUUGA